AUGGCGCGCUCUGCACUGGCUGCCAUCGUAGCCGGCGCCUUCUUGGGCCUGGUGGUGAUACUGCAGUUGGUUGCGACAAUCGGCGAGCCUCGACAACCACACAACUUCGGAUUCCAGACUCUGCGCAAGGAAAGAACGGAUGACACCAUCUUCCUUCUGGGGGCUGGGAAAGCUGAUAUCACCGGACCUGUGGUGGAAGUGGCCUUAAAUGGCUAUGCCAACAUAAGCCAGGUGGGAACUGGUUUGCGGCAGAGAAUCUAUUCUCGCGCGUUUAUUAUUGCCGAUCCCAAUAACGAGAACAACACCUUCAUUUACAUCGUCUUGGAUGCCCACUCCGGCGAUACCGCCGUUAGGCAUGGUAUCUUGCAGGGUUUGGCAGCUUUGGGACCAGAGUAUGCUCGCUACGGCGAGCACAACCUGGCUCUGACGGGAACGCACUCCCAUGCUGGCCCGGGUGCCUGGAUGAACUACCUCCUACCCCAGAUCCCUACGCUGGGAUUUGAUAAAGAGAGCUAUGAUGCGAUCGUCAAUGGCGCUUUGCUGUCAAUUCAGCGAGCGCAUGAGAGUUUGACGCCGGGACGCCUUAGCCUGGGCACCAUCGACAUUCCCGAUGGCAAUAUCAACCGAAGCCCGUAUGCCUACUUGGCCAAUCCGGCAGAAGAGAGAGCCCGUUAUCAGUACGACACAGACAAGACUCUCACUCUCCUCAGAUUUGACCGCGCCUCAGACAGCAAGACAACGGCCAUCUUGACCUUCUUUUCCGUCCACGGCACUUCCCUCUACGAGAACAACACCCUCACGGCCGGCGACAAUAAAGGGGUCGCGGAGUGGCUUUUCGAGCGAAGCGUGGCCAACGACACAAGAUUUGCAGAGAACUUUGUUGCCGGUUUCUCUCAAUCCAGUGUCGGCGACACCUCCCCCAACGUGCUAGGUGCGUACUGUGAAGAUACCGGACUUCCAUGCCGCUUUGAAGAUAGCACCUGCAACGGCAGCACGGAGCUUUGCCGUGGCCGCGGGCCUUACUUUUACGAGAAUGAUGCCGGUUCAAAGAGCUGUUUCGAGAUGGGCCGCCGCCAGUAUGCAGCUGCGAAGCAGCUCUACGACCAAAUGGACUCCAAUGGAACCCAGAUCGUGGGCAGCUCCUCCGUCGCAUCCUUCCACGUCUACCAGGAUCUCACGAACUACACCUUCAUAUCACCGUUCAAUUCCAGCACGCUCCGCACUUGCUAUGCUGCGCUGGGGUACUCUUUUGCGGCCGGGACUACGGACGGUCCGGGACAGUUUGAUUUUACUCAGAAUGGCACCGGUCCGGCAGAAUCCAACCCGCUGUGGAAAAUAGCACGAGCAUUCGUCCAUCAGCCGUCCCCAGAGCAGCAAGCUUGCCAGGCGCCCAAGGACAUUUUACUGGAUGCGGGGGCUAUCUCGUUGCCCUAUCCGUGGGCCCCGAAUAUUGUCGACAUUCAAGUCCUCCGGGUGGGACAGCUGCUGAUCGUCGUUUCAGCCAGUGAAGUCACUACCAUGUCUGGGCGUCGAUGGAAGGCGGCAAUUGCCAAUGCCUCGGCCGAGGUCCUUUCGAUCAAGGAUCCGUUGGUGGUCCUGGGAGCUCCGGCCAACACAUACGCGCACUACCUGGCUACGGAAGAAGAGUAUAGUGUGCAGCGCUAUGAGGGCGCUUCCACUCUGUUCGGGCCCAACACGCUGGCGGCUUACGUCAAUCUGUCACUCACCUAUCUUCCUUAUCUGGGCAGUCCUUCGGAUGUGGCGUCGCUGCCUCCGAUUCCCUCGGGGCCCACUCCGCCUAUUGAUACCAAUGUGUCUCUCAGUUUCAUUCCUGGCGUUGUGUACGAUGGGGCCCCGAUCGGCAAGUCGUUUGGCGAUGUUCUUUCCUCGUCGCCCACCAACGUGACCUAUGGCUCUGGCGAUCUCGUCAACACGACUUUUGUUGGCGCCAAUCCUCGAAACAACCUGCGCCAGGAAGGAACGUUUGCCGCGGUCGAGUGGCAAGACCCCGCGUCUGGGUCGUGGAAAGUCGUUCGCAAUGACAGCGACUGGAAUCUAGUAUACCAUUGGGAGCGCACCAACACCGUUCUCGGAUAUAGUGAAGUGACCCUGGUGUGGCGGAUUGAGGAUGAUUACUAUAAUACUGGGAAUCCCAACCCGUUGCAGAGCGGUUCGUACCGACUGCAUUAUUAUGGUGACUCCAAGGAUGUGUCUGGCAAGAUUUCAUCUUUCGAGGGCAUUGGCAAUGUCUUCACCGUUCAAGUUUAG